AUGAUCGAUGAUCUAUUGACGGCGGAGCCUGAUCCUUCGUGGAAGAUUGUGGGGCGGGCAAGGGGAAUGUACGAUUCCGCAGGCCAGACUGACUUGGGUCUUAUUAUGGUCCUGAGUUAUGAAUUCACCGAUGAAAUAGAUGACGGAGGCUCUUUUAGCCUUCUUAGUAUCAAUAUGGCAGCGACAAAAUCAGUCAGGGAGAUGGCAAUUGUUGGUGGCACGGGGCUUUUUCCGUUGGCUCGUGGCUACGCAUUGUAUAGACUUAUAAGUUCGAUCUUACUACCGGUGAUGUUAUUGUUGGGUACAAUGUUACAAUUGUGA